AUGGUGCUCACCACCGCCUGCUGUCUCGUGGCCAUCGGCGGCUCCGAGAACUUCUAUAGCGUGUUCGAGGGGGAGCUGUUCGGGAGCAUCCCGGUGGUUCACGCCUCCAUCGCCGGCUGCCGCAUCAUCGGCCGCAUGUGUGUGGGGAACAGGCAUGGGCUGCUAGUCCCAAGCAGUACAACUGACCAGGAGCUUCAGCACAUCCGCAAUGUCACGACUUGCAAUGACUAUGUAGCUCUUGUUCAUCCAGAUCUUGACAGGGAGACAGAAGAGAUCUUGGCAGAUGUACUAAAAGUGGAGGUUUUCAGACAAACGGUAGCAGAUCAGGUGCUGGUAGGAAGUUACUGUGUUUUUAGUAACCAAGGAGGAAUUGUGCAUCCCAAAACUUCAAUUGAUGAUCAGGAUGAACUCUCUUCAUUGCUUCAGGUCCCACUCGUGGCGGGAACAGUGAAUCGUGGCAGUGAGGUCAUUGCAGCUGGAAUGGUGGUAAAUGACUGGUGUGCCUUUUGCGGGCUGGAUACAACCAGUACUGAACUCUCCGUUAUUGAGAGUGUCUUCAGACUGAACGAAGCUCAGCCAAGUUCCAUUGCUACAAACAUGAGGGACUCUCUGAUUGACAGCUUGACAUGAGAAGUGUUGGUUCCCACCUUCCAGGGAGCUCCUAAGGAGUGAAGUGGGAGGCUGCGCUGUGGAAUACAGAUCUCUAGAUUUUCUGCUACAGGCUUAGCACAAGGAAGAGGC